AUGGAGAUUGGAAGGGCAAGCACUUUGUGGAUAAGGCAAGUCCUGCUUCUCUUUGUUUUGCUGGGAAUGUCUCAGGGGGGCUCCGAACCUGGGCUCUUUUCGGUGGUGGAGGAAAUGCAGAGUGGGAGCUUUGUAGGCAAUUUGGCAAAGGACCUGGGACUGGAGGUGGGUGAGUUGUCUUUGCGGGGGGCCCAGGUAGUCUCCAAUGAUAACAAACAGUGUUUGCAGUUAGACAUAAACACCGGGGAUUUGCUCUUAAGCGAAACGCUAGACCGGGAGGAGCUCUGCGGCUCCACUGAACUGUGUGUGCUGCAUUUCCAGGUGUUGAUGAAAAAUCCCAUACAGUUGAUACAGAUUGAGCUUCAGGUCAGGGAUAUAAAUGACCAUUCUCCCUUCUUCUUAGAAAAAGUGAUGCUCCUAGAAAUCCCAGAGAAUUGUCCUGUUGGUACUGUGUUCUUACUAGAAAGUGCAAAGGACUUAGAUGUGGGAAUCAACGCAGUACAUAGCUACACAAUAAGCCCCAACUCUCAUUUCCACAUUAAAAUGAGAGUCAAUCCAGACAAUAGAAAAUACCCAGAGUUAGUUCUGGACAAAUCGCUGGAUUAUGAAGAGCAGCCCGAACUAAGUUUCAUCCUCACUGCUCUGGAUGGUGGGUCCCCGCCCCGAACCGGGACUGCCUUGGUUCGAGUGGUGGUCGUGGAUACUAAUGAUAACUCCCCUGAGUUUGAGCAGUCGUUUUAUGAGGUGAAGAUUCCAGAGAACAGCGUCCUUGGCUCACUGGUUGUCACCGUCUCAGCUUGGGAUUUAGACUCAGGAAUAAAUGGGGAAAUAUCGUACACAUUUUCCCAUGCCUCAGAAGAUAUUCAAAAGACAUUUGAAAUUAAUCAAAAGUCUGGAGAAGUUAGUUUAACAGCACCCUUGGAUUUUGAAACAAUUGAAUCAUAUUCAGUAAUCAUUCAAGCCACAGAUGGGGGAGGACGUUUUGGAAAAUCAACAAUCAGAAUUCAAGUAAUGGAUGAGAAUGACAAUGCUCCUGAAAUCUCUGUGUCAUCAAUGACCAGUCCAAUCCCAGAAAAUUCGCCUGAAACUGUGGUUAUGGUUUUCAGUAUCCGAGACAGAGACUCUGGAGACAACAAGAGGAUGAUUUGUUCUAUCCCGGAAGACGUCCCAUUUGUGCUAAAAUCUUCAGUUGAGAAUUAUUACACUUUAGAAACGGAGAGAAAACUAGACAGAGAAAGCCAAGCCGAGUACAACAUCACCGUCACCGUCACCGACUUGGGGACGCCCAGGCUCAAAACCGAGCACAGCAUAACCGUGCAGGUCUCCGACGUCAACGACAACGCCCCUGCCUUCACACAAACCUCCUACACCCUGUUCGUCCGCGAGAACAACAGCCCCGCCCUGCACAUCGGCAGCGUCAGCGCCACAGACAGAGACUCGGGCACCAACGCCCAGGUCACCUACUCGCUGCUGCCGACCCACGACCCGCACCUGGCCCUCGCCUCCCUGGUGUCCAUCAACGCGGACAGCGGACACCUGUUCGCCCUGCGGUCGCUGGACUACGAGGCCCUGCGGGCGUUCGAGUUCCGCGUGGGCGCGGCAGACAGAGGCUCCCCCGCGCUGAGCAGCGACGCGCUGGUGCGCGUGGUGCUGGUGGACGACAACGACAACGCGCCCUUCGUGCUGUACCCGCUGCAGAACGGCUCUGCGCCCUGCACCGAGCUGCUGCCCAGGCAGGCCGAGGCGGGCUCCCUGGUGACCAAGGUGGUGGCGGUGGACGGCGACUCGGGCCAGAACGCCUGGCUGUCGUACCAGCUGCUCAAGGCCACGGAGCCCGGGCUGUUCGGCGUGUGGGCGCACAACGGCGAGGUGCGCACGGCCCGGCUGCUGAGCGAGCGCGACGCGGCCAGGCACAGACUGCUGGUGCUGGUCAAGGACAAUGGCGAGCCGCCGCUGUCGGCCACCGUCACGCUGCACGUGCUGCUGGUGGACGGCUUCUCCCAGCCCUACCUGCCGCUGCCGGAAGCGGCGCCGGAGCGGGCGCAGGCCGACUCGCUCACCGUCUACUUGGUCAUCGCGCUGGCCUCGGUCACCUCGCUCUUCCUGUUCUCGGUGCUCCUGUUGGUGGCGGUGCGGCUGUGCAGGAGGCGCAGGGCGGCCUCGGAGGGCCGCUGCUCGGUGCCUGGGGGCCGCUUUCCGGGCCACCUGGUGGACGUCAGCGGUACGGGGACCCUGUCCCAGAGCUACCAGUAUGAGGUGUGUCUGAUGGGAGGCUCAGGGACCAGCGAGUUCAAUUUCCUGAAGCCCGUUAUCUCCAACCUCUCACUCCAGCGCCCUGGGAAAGAAAACGAGGAAACGCCUACCUUCCACAAUAGCUUUGGGUUCAAUAAUCAGUGA